AAAAUGAAAUCCCCGCGUAGCUCUUUUCAGUUCUUACUCUAGCCAUAUUCUUCGCCACCUUUCUUUCUCCACCUUCCAUCUCCAUUCCCCUCCCCUAACUUCCCUUCUUAUCAUUACACCACUCUCUCUCUCUCUCUCUUCAUCGCUUACCUUUUUCGUAUACAUAAGCAUUCCCUCUCGUUAAUUUCAUUAGCAUAUCACACAAAUCCCACUCUUACUCCUUUGCCACGUACGCCACCGCUGAUCAAUUCAGGCGAUGGCGCCGCGUCUCUGGUCCUGCUUCCGCAGCAGCAGUAGCAAGGGCAGCACCACCGGCGGCGGUGUCUCCGACGCCUCCGCCUCGCGGCGCGUGGUGACUGCGGACCUGACAUCGGAGGAGCAGAAGCGCGGGGGCCCGGUGGUGGUGGAGAUGUUCUCGUCGCAGGGGUGCGCGACUUCACCGGCGGCGGAGCUGGUGCUGUCGCGGCUGGGGAGAGGGGAUUUCGAGCUGGAGGCGCCGGUGGUGGUGCUGGCUUUCCACGUUGACUACUGGGACUAUAUGGGAUGGAAGGAUCCGUUCGGGGCCAGCCAGUGGACGGUUCGGCAGAAGGCCUAUGUUGAGGCCCUUGGGCUUGACACCAUUUUCACGCCACAGGUUGUGGUUCAGGGAAAGGCCCAGUGUGUUGGAAAUGACGAGAACGCCCUUGUUUCUGCCAUUACUAGUGCUCCUAGGUUCCCUGCUCCAACCUUCCAGGCAACUUUCACCAGGCCUGCACCAGAUUCAUUGCAAGUGUCCCUAACAGGAGCAUUGAGGACCAAGGUGGACAGCGAUGGCGCGAAUGUCAUGGUUGCAUUAUACGAAAACGGUUUGGUCACCGAUUGUCCAAGAGGGGAGAACAAAGGGCGUGUCCUAUCCAACGACUAUGUUGUUAGAAAGCUCGAAAAGCUCUGCACUGUCAAAGACAUCUCUGCCAAGAAAACAGUAUCAGGAAUGGUUAACUUUCCCUUAUGGGAAGGAUUCAAAAGCAGCAAAUGUGGUUUGGCUGUCUUUGUUCAGAGCAAAUCUCACCAGAUUUUUGGUUCACAGAGUUUUCAGCUGCCGGAUGAUAUAUGAUUCUGAUUCUUUAGUUUCAUUUGAUCUGCUUGCUGUUAUCAUAUUCCGGUUACAUUGUGUUUUGUUAGGCUAUAUGUACAGAUUGUGAUAUGAUUUAGGAUAAUAAAUGUUGUUUUCUUUCUUUUCUUACAUAUUUUUUCCUAUGUACUUUGUCCUUCCUUACUAUUGACCCUAUGUUUAGGAGAUGGAGAGAGAAGUCUAAAUUUGUGGCGUGAAAAAUUUUAUUGAUUGGAUUUGGAAAUUUGCACUUAUAUUGAAUCUGUGGUCUGUAAUCUAAUUGUUGUUACUUUUAUUUGGUUUUCUUGUUGCAUUUGUAA